AUGUCGAUUGGUGUUUGGAAUAUCAGAGGGCUGAAUAAAGCUGUUAAGCAAAAAGAGGUUAUUGAUGUUAUUAAGGAUAAUAAUCUGGGGAUAUGUGCUGUGGUUGAAACCCAUGUUAAUUGUUUAAAUUUAAAGAAUGUGUGUUGCAGAACCUUUGGGAACUGGGAUUGGAUUUCAAAUAGUAGUUCCUGUGAAAUUGGUACGAGAAUAAUUGUUGGAUGGGAUCCAAAAUUAUUUGAAAUUAUGGUCAUUUCUCAAUCAAAACAAGUGAUCCAUUGUUGUGUUAAAUUCAUUGAUUCUGGUUAUAGUAUGUUUCUUUCAUUCAUCUAUGCUGCUUCUAAAUAUAUUGAAAGAAGGGUAUUAUGGGAAGAUUUGAAAAAAUUUAGCAUAACUGUGAAAAAUGAAGCUUGGUGUUUAUUGGGUGAUUUUAAUGUUGCUUUAAAAGAGUCUGAUUAUUCAGAAGGGUGUUCUAAAAUGCUGAAGGGUGUUGAUGAAUUUUCUGAGUGUAUCAAUUUCAUUGAUGUCGAAGACUUGAAUAGUACAGGGUUUCAAUUCACUUGGAAUAAAUCUCCUGCUGGUAAUAAAGGUAUUCUGAAGAAAUUGGAUAGGGUCAUGGCUAAUUUGAAGUUCAUGACUGAUCAGCCUCUUGCGCAUGCUGUUUUCAAACCUUACAGAAUAUCUGAUCAUUGUCCAGCUGUUUUAAUAAUGCCGAACUGUAAAUUGAGAAGGAAAUCUUCUUUCAGAUUUGCCAAUUUUAUUUCGGAUAAAGAUGAAUUUUUGCCUAUGGUUAAGGAUAUUUGGUCUACAAAUAUUGAAGAAAAGCUGCUAUCCCAAAGAGCUAAGAUCAAAUGGUUAGUUGAGGGGGAUAAUAAUACGAAGUAUUUUCACAAUUGUUUGAAAAGCAGGAAUAACAGGAAUCGUAUUUUGAUGGUGCUUGAUGAGGAUGGAAGAUGGGUUAGGGGGAACAUGAUGAAGGAAAAAUUUGUUAAUCAUUUUAAGAAUUUCUUGGGAUGUGAAGAGGACACAGAUUUAGCUAUUCUUGAUGAAGUUUCUUUUCAUAAUAAGUUGGAUAGAAAUGUGGCUAUGAAUAUGAUAAGGGUUGUUACUGAUGAAGAAAUUAAAGUGGCUAUGUUCGAUAUUGCUGAUAACCAUGCCCCUGGACCUGAUGAGUUUUCUUCUAAAUUUUUUAAGAGUGCUUGGAAUAUUGUUGGAAAUGAUAUAUGCAAAGCAGUGAGGGAAUUCUUCUGGACAGGGAAAUUAUUGAAGGGUAUUAAUGCCACUAGGAUUGUGCUGGUCCCUAAAGUGGAUUGUCCUAGAAAAGUGACUGAUUUUAGACCUAUUGCUUGUUGCAACACUUUUUAUAAGUGUAUCAGUAAGAUAAUUGUUAACAGAAUAAGGAGCAAUUUAGGUGAUAUUGUUAGCAAGAAUCAAUCUGCCUUUAUUCAAGGGAGAUCAAUUCUUGAUAAUAUUCUGCUUGCUCAAGAAUUGAUGGUGGGGUAUAAAAAUAAGAAAGGAAAGCCAAAAUGCACUUUAAAGAUUGAUAUACAAAAGGCGUAUGACACUGUGGAUUGGAAAUUUCUUAAGAGGAUACUGUUGGAAUUUGGAUUUCAUCCGAUUAUGGUUAAUUGGAUCAUGGCAUGUACUUCUUCUCCUUGGUUCAUGCUGAAUUUUAAUGGAGAAGAUCAUGGAUAUUUUGAAGGAAAAAGGGGGCUGAGACAAGGAGAUCCUUUGUCUCCUUACCUGUUCACAUUGGUUAUGGAGGUUUUCAAUUUAUUAUUGCUGAAGAAAAUAGAUGGUAGCAACAGUUUUAAAUAUCAUUGCAAAUGUGAAAAUCAGAAAAUUACUCAUUUAUGUUUUGCAGAUGAUUUACUUGUGUUUGCUUAUGGUAAUGGGAAUUCUGCGAGAGUGUUAAAGUCUGCUCUUGAUGACUUUAAAACUAUUUCGGGGCUGAAAGCUAGUAUGGAGAAGAGUCAGAUUUUUUUUAGUUGUGUGAAGCCAAACAUGAGAAGGAUUAUUUUGGGUAUUUUACCUUUUGAUAUUGGUAAAAUACCUUUUAAAUAUCUGGGAAUACCAAUGUGUGUGAAUACUCUAUUCAAAAAGGACUGUCAAGCUCUUGUCGAUAAGAUCAAAUUGAAAGUUUAUAAUUGGAAAAAUAAGAUCCUUUCCUUUGCUGGAAGAUUACAGCUCAUAAAUUCUGUUUUGGCUUCAACUCAUAUUUAUUGGGCUUCUAUUUUUAAAAUUCCUAUUGCUACUAUUAAGGAGAUUGAAUCGAUUUGUAGAAGUUUUCUGUGGGCUAAAGGAGAACUGGUCAAAGGGAAAGCCAAGAUCAAAUGGAGUGAUGUUUGUAAACCAAAGAUAAAUGGAGGGCUUGGAAUUAAGAACUUGAGAUUCUGGAAUGAUGCUUUGUUAUCCAAGCAUGUUUGGAAUUUGAUCAAUAACAAAAACUCUCUGUGGGUUCAAUGGAUGAGAGAAAAUUAUAUUGGUAAAAGGAAUUUUUGGGAUAUAUGGCAAAAGAAAAGUAUGAAUUGGACUUGGAAGAGAUUUUUGGAAUUGAGGAAAAUUAUGAGACCUCAUGUUGCUUCAUGUAUUGGAGAUGGUAGGAAUACUUCAUUGUGGCAUGAUUGGUGGCACCCAAUUGGUAUUUUAAGUACAAUUAUUGCUAGGAGGGAUUGGAUUAGAAAUGGCUUUAAUGAUGAAUCUUUAGUCAGUGAUGUUAUGACAAAUGAUUCUUACACCUGGCCUGCUGAUUGGGUAAAUAAAUUUCCUGGAUUGAUUGAUGGGCCCAUGUUUUGCAAUAUUGGAAAUAAUAGGGAUAUGAUUGUUUGGAGGGAUAUGAAAGGCAUGAGUAAAAAAUUUUCUUGUAAGCAAGUUUGGAGAGAUAUUAAUAACUUUGGAGACAAUGUUAGCUGGGCGAACUGUGUUUGGUAUAGGAAUUGUAUUCCCAGGAAUACCUUUAUCUUGUGGCUUGCUGUGCUGAAUAGAUUAAAGACUCAAGAUCGAGUUAAAAUUUGGGAGAAGUCAGGUUCUUUGCUAUGUCCUUUCUGUUUUACCAUUUCUGAUUCGCAUGACCAUCUUUUCUUUCAAUGUGAGUUCUCAAAUGCUAUUUGGAAUCAUUGUUGUUCCAAGUCUGGGAUUGAUGUUUAUUAUUCCAAUUGGAAUGAUUUAGUUCUUAAAAUUAGUUCUGGAUUAAAGUCUAGAACUAUUGAGAAUUUGAUCAAAAAAUGGGUGUUGGCUAGUUGUGUUUAUCAUAUUUGGAAAGAAAGAAAUUUAAGAAUUUUUUGUAAGCUGAGAAAUUCGGAUAAAGGAGUGAUUUUUUGUAUUGAGAAUGAAAUUAAAUUGAAGUUGAUAGGGUUGAGGAAAAUGAAUAUCAUGGACUAUUUCUGGGCUUUCGGUGAUGAUUCUUUCAGGAUGUUCUAUCUGCUGUUGAUUGUCAAUAUUGCUGAAGUUGGGUUUACUCAUAGCAGGAGUUUCAAUUUGAGGAGUUAUAUUGUGAGGAUAAAGGAUAUUAGAUGGAGUAACAGAGAGUGGAUACAAGAGCUGAUUGGUAGGAGAAAAUGCUGGACUAAUAUCGUGAAGGUGUUGCAGUGGAAUUUGGUUAAUUUUAUUGGGAUUUCCUUGUUUUUUGUAGUUUGUGGGUUUUGA